GGGAAAUCGCUUGGAGAAAAAAGUGUUUAAAUGUCAUAGGAAGGAUUUUCCAUCACAAAUACUGCACAUCUCAGCGGAAUUUUGACUCUUUUCAUCACAUUAUCGAUAAUUUUCUGCGUUUAUUGCACUGCAGGUGAUUUUCUCAAGUUUCGCACUGAGAAUUUAUGGUAAGAAAAUGGCUGUGUCCCGAGCAAAGGCAUUUAUGGUGACAUCACGCGCUCUGUCCACGACGUCUUCCGUAUGGCGCGAUGGCAGCGAGUCAUGGCUCAGCAAGUUACUGGUGAGGAAGAUUGAGCCUACGAAGGAGCCUCACAGUCGAAUGCUGAGCGACAAGGAGAUCAUCUAUGCGCUGCACACGCACAAUGUGCGCCCGGACUCAAUAGCCAAGUACCUGGCCAAUUACAAGACCACAGUGGAGCUGAUAAAUGCGAAGAAGGACAUCUCUUGUGACCUCAUUGCGUCUUGGACAGUGCAAGUGGGCGACAUGGAUCAGUGUCUGCAUCUCUGGCGGUACACGGGAGGAUUUGAGGCCAUCGAUCAGGCAAAGGACAAUCUCUGGCACGACCAGGAGUAUCUCAGGCUUAUGCAGGAGCGCGGGAAUUAUCUGAGAUCCCGGCAUUUGCAGUAUCUCCUCGCAUUCAGCUACUGGCCUCAGAUCCAAUUGCGCUCUGGCGAGAACCACAUCUACGAGAUGAGGUCGUAUCGCCUGAAACCGGGUACGAUGAUUGAGUGGGGCAAUAAUUGGGCGAGAGCCAUCAACUACAGGAGGAACAACGAUGAGCCCUUCGCUGGAUUCUUCUCGCAAAUCGGUCGGCUGUAUAAUGUUCAUCAUAUUUGGUGUUACAAAUCACUGCAGGCGCGCAAGGAGACCCGAGAGGCCGCCUGGCGCUCUCCGGGUUGGGAUGAAUGUGUGGCCUACACUGUGCCCCUCAUCCGGGAAAUGCACUGCCGCAUCCUGGCGCCCACUGAGUUCUCCCCAACAAAGUAAUCCCAUGGAAGCUCGAGAGUGUUUAUAUUUUUCUAUGAGAGAUUUUAUACAUGUGCUCCCGUUGUCCUGCGAAAAGUGUCUCCACAUCAUCCGCUAUCAGCUCUAAUCUCAUUGGUACUGUAUAUAUGAUUUUCCGGGAUUAUUUACGCAGAAUAAAUUGUAAAUAUAUAAA